AUGACAGGCAGCGUGGACCCUGCUUUCGUGUAUGGCGAAGACGAAGACGACGACGACAACGACGACAACAACAACGACAACGGCGACAACGGCAAUGGCGACAACGGCAACGGCGACAACGGCAACGGCGACAACGGCAACGGCGUCGACAACAGCAACAACGGGCGGCCCAUGCCCGAUACGGAUGCACCUGUCGGUUGA